AUGGCUUUUCAAUUUCGUUUUGAUAUGGAUAUGGAAAUUGAGAAUGAUUGUGCUUGGAAGCCAAAACAGAGAAUGACAUUUGAUUUGGAACAAUGCGUGUAUGAUUUUUAUAAUGCAUAUGGAGAAAGAAUGAGGUUUAGUAUAAGAAGGGAUUAUUCUAAGAAGAACAAGUUCACUAGCCAACUUAUUUGUAGACUUUUGGUUUGCAACAAGGAGGGAUUUCAGAAGGUUAACGAGCGAGACCCAUUGGCAGAAACUAGAACUGGUUGUGAGGCUCGACUUUAUGUUAAAUUAGAUAAGUGUACUGGGAAAUUUGUUGUGACGGAUUUCGAAGAAAAACACAACCAUGAUCUUGUAUCACCCAAGUGUGCCCACAUGUUGCCGUCACAAAGAAAGAUAACAGCUAUCCAAGCAAUUGAGUUAGAUUUGGCAGCACAAUCUGGUCUUCGUUUAGGCCAGUCCUUUGAACUCAUGGGUCGGGAAGAUGGUAGGGGGCAUUGUCUUGGGUUUACGAAAUCAGAUAAAAAAAUUAUUUGA